AUGUCUCAACAUUUGUCACCAAAAAAGGUGGCAAAAAAAAAAGCGGUUAAAAAGCCUACACAUCAUGCUCCCUACAACGAUAUGAUUAUUGAUGCUAUUAAAUCGCUUAAAGAACGUAAAGGAUCUUCGCGGCAAGCAAUUACCAAGCAUGUCAAAGCUCACAACAAAGUUGGAGAAAACGUUGAUUUGCAAGUGAAGAUGAAUCUGAAGCGAAUGGUUGCUAACAAAACCUUGGUUCAAAUGAAAGGAACAGGCGCAUCUGGUUCAUUUAGAAUAGGUGCUAAAAAAGUGGUACUCAACUAUUUCAAAGUUUUAAAACAAGUAUUUGAUUACAAGCGAGUUACAAAGAUGUAUUCGUGUUAG